CACAUGUCAUCGUCCUAUACGCCAUAGCAACCUUCCAUUGUUCAGCAGGCACACUUUCCUCAUUCGCGUUGGUUUACAGUAGGCAAAAUUCACUUCCAUAGCCAUAACUUUGCAUUUUGUGACAAAUAUAGCCAAAUUUGAAAAAAUACACAGAAAUAGCCAUUCCGUCCAUUAAUGUAACGGAAUUAUAAAGACGGCUGACUGGGCAAACGUUGAAUGUGGCUGCAUUUUAUUUGGUCUAUGUGGCAUGCCAUGGUGGAAAACUAAAUUAAUUAUAUUUAUUAAAAAAAAACCCUACUUUACCAUUCUUUUCCUCAUCCGCCCUUUCCAAUUCUUCUCUUUUUCCUCUUCACAGAAAUCCCACCUCCAUUCCACCUAAACUUAAAAUCGUCGGCGACUCUCGAUCGACGAACGCACUCAUCAGCCUUGGUCCAUUAACCACUCGAUACGGUCCAGCUCGCCUCCGCGGUCCGACAAUACACAGGGAUUCAGACGUAGCAGCGACUGACAGAGGGAGGAUUUGCCGCAACAUCGACGGCGAUUCGCUUGUACCCUCUGCUCAUUGUCGAUUCCGGCGACGGCAUAUUUAAAAACCGCCCAGAUCUUUGGAAACCGCCCAGAUCUGGUGGUUUUUCAGGGAGGAAAUCUGCAAGGAGAUAGCGUCGAUUAGGUUUUAGUUUCUCGAUCUGCGAUGGAGAUUGUUGCUCUCCCUCAGCGGCAUGAUUGCGCGACCACGAGACAAGUCAGGAUUUUGAGCGCGUCCUCUUCUUCACGGCUCUCAAGCUUCUGCUGCAGCAGGGAAUUCAGACACUCCACUGCCUCGGCGUUACCCACGAGAUUUUCGAAUAAAGGGGAGGUGAAGGAAGGAGACGAAGAAGAUGAAUCUCAUCCGGCAGCAGCUGGUCUGCCUCUUCGACGGUGGCCAAGAUCUCUUCAGCUAGAGUAGCAAAGGACUCGACUUUGGCUGAGUGGAGUACGAAGAGAUGGACGGCGGCAGCUACCCAGGUUUAUUUUGCCAAAGAUGGAUGAAGCAGGCAGGGGAUCCAUGUAGUAUUUGGGGGAAUAGAUGAAGCCUGUGAAAUCAGAAGGCUAAGUGGUGAGAAGUGACAAGGAAGAAGAAUUAAAGAGGAAUCAGAAGGGGGAAGGAAGAAGAUGGACCGUAGAGAUUAUGGUGGUGGUGGUGGUGGUGGUGGUGGUGAUGAGAGGGAUGAAUGGUUUGGUUGUUGUGAAUUUCAUUUGAUUUUUAGGUUUUUUUAUGUCCAUGAAAAUGGAGUAGGUUGGCCGUCAAAUGGAGAAGGAGGUUUAGAGACGAUGGUCAAUUAGAUUAUUUAUUUAUUAUAUUUUUUGUAAUAAAUAAUAUUUUUAAUUUUUAAGCUGACAUGGCAUGACAUGUGGCAUGACACGUCGAUUUAGAGUUGACGUAAAAGCUGACUAGGCGCCAUCUCAGCUUGUUGUUGACAGACGCCAACGGCAUCUCUAACUCCGUCAAUAAAUUUAACGGAAAUGGCUAUAAUUGUCAAGGUAGUUUCAAAUUUGUGGUUAUUUCUGUGUAUUUUUUCAAACUUGGCUAUAUUUGUCACAAAGUGCAAAGUUAUGGCUAUGGAAGUGGAUUUUUCCUUUACAGUAUUAAGCCAUAAACAAAGACCAGAAGGAGCUGGGAUGGACUAGUCAUUUUAAUUGCUAUAGCAUCUCCAUCUGCGUUGACCCAAAGCAAACAAAAUGAUCAAUCCUUUCGCUACAGAGCCCCUUAAUCAUUCAUCGUCAUCCUCAACCUCUUCACCAGCCCCUGUUUCUCAAGCUCAUCAGCAGCCGACGGCGGCAGCAGCAUCUCCGGCGGAGCAAUGGGGGACUUACGUGAUGGGUGCCCCGGCGGCGCCUUCUUCCCACUCGGACAACCAGAAAGCCGCUGCCUUCUGGGGCGCAACCAGGUCUACGGUGGCUAAUACUACUCCGCCUGAUCCGCAGCAGCAGUACAACAAUGCUCAUCAUCAACAACAACAUCCUUACUUGGUCUAUUCUCCGGCGGAGAAACCCGCCGGCAGUCCCAUGGAAUCCAUUCUCCACGUCUUCAAUUCAUGGACCAACAAAGCUGAGACACUGGGCAACAACAUCUGGAACAACCUGAAGACGAAUUCCUCUGUCUCGGGAGCAGCUUGGGGCAAAAUGAAUCUGACGGCGAAGGCUAUCUCCGAAGGCGGAUUCGAAUCCCUGUACAAGCAGACUUUCGCCACUUACCCCAACGAGAAGCUCAAGAAGCGAUUCGCCUGCUACCUCUCCACCGUCACCGGCCCUGUUGCCGGAACUCUGUACCUCUCCAACAUCCACGCCGCCUUCUGCAGCGACCGGCCUCUGUCCUUUGCCACGCCAUCCGGGCAGGAGACGUGGAGCUACUACAAGGUUGUAGUGCCGCUGAACAAGAUCGUCGGAGUUAAUCCUGUGGUGAUGAGGGAGAAGAAUCCGCCGUCGGAGAAGUAUAUUCAAGUCGUGACGGUGGACGGACACGACUUCUGGUUCAUGGGUUUCGUCAAUUUCGACAAGGCGGUGAAGCAUUUGAGUCAAGGGAUCUCCAGCAUGGUAACCCCAGCUGUGGCCGUCUAGCUCAAGUAUAUCGGAUGCACUCUUUAGCAAUAACAUCAUGUACUUGUU